UUUCCUUUCCUUUCCUUUCCUUUCCUUCCCUUUUUCUUUUCUUUUUUGUUAUAUUUAUUCCAUUACACAUAGAAUGCCAGUUUGCGAUUCUUCUUCAGAAAUGAAUAAAGAAGAUGAAGUAGUGGUAGCGGCAGCAGCAGCAACGUCGCCGACUAUUCAAAAUCGUAGAAAUUCACUUGCUAUUUCGGCAUUAUUAAAUGAAGUCUCUAUUAAUCCUUUACAGCAUCCUUUAGCACCUAAUAAUACUCAAAAUAAUGAAGAUAUUGAAAAAUAUCGUUUUUUACCAUUACCAUCACCACUACAACAACAACAACAGCAAACUGAUUACUUUAAUAUAUCACUUUCUCCUGCUUCAUCAAGUGGUACAUCCUCUCCUAAUGGCUCAUCAACAGAUAGUAGACAAUCCUCUAUUCAUCAUGAACCAACUGAUUUAUGGAAUCAUUCCAGAACCGGACUACACCAAACAAAUAAUGGUAAUAUUGUAGUUUCUUCUUUAGCGAAAGCAAAAAGGAAACGUAUCUUACCUCAUCAAUAUCAGCGUUUGAUGGAAACAUUUGAAAGUACCGAUACCCCAAGCUCGGAAAUAAGAGAACAAUUAGCUAAAGAAUUAGAUAUGACCAAACGAGAAGUCCAGGUUUGGUUUCAAAAUAGACGUGCCAAAAUGAGUAGACAUAGACAGCAACAACGCAGUAGUAGUAGUAGUAGUAGCAGUAAUAAUGAUAAUAGUGGUAGACAUCAUAGUUUAACAUCAAUACAUAAAAGCUCAUAUAUACAAGAUAUAGGUUUACAUCGUCGACGUGCAUCAGAAUAUUCACAAUCUUAUGUAAAAUCAAUUGCACCUAAACGAUCUUCAUCUUUUAACCAUUUUUUUCAACCCUAUUCCAAUCCUACUACUACUAUUAAUAUAAAUCAUGCUACAAAUAAUAAUAAUACUAAUACUAAUAAUAAUAAUAAUAUGACUACUACUACUACUGCUACUACUACUAUGAUAGUUGAAGCACCAUACCAUACCACUACUACUCUACAUAAUCAUACUGCUAUUAAUGCGCGUCAAGAAUCAGCUAUUGAUAUAUUAGCUUCUGCGGCUGAAAUGAUGCGACCUUAAUAAAAUCAAGCAUAAAGUUAGGAUUUUAUUUUAACCAAUAAUUUCUAUUUCUCUUUAAGGAACCAGAGAAAAAAAAAAAAAAAA